AUGGAGAGCGGAUGAUAUUGUAGUCUAUCGUCAAACUCUGUUAUUCCGCGCGGCACCGUGUUUUCACCGCUACGUCUCUGUUGUCGCUAAACUCGAAGGACUCACUGGAACCUCGGUUUGCUAAUAAGAUGAUAUUCUUGUCAUUCAAACCUAUUCAUCUCCUCGGACUUCUUGUACUUGGUGGUAGGUAAAAAACAGACUUCUUGAGCGAGUCCCAGAGAUGGACCCGGACUCCGCAGCCCCUCCUCAGCGCGUGCUGGAGUCACUCGACAGGAAUGCCGCCGCAUCCGAAGGCAACUGCGAAUAUUUACAGUCUGUUAGUAGCGAAUCGAGCUCAUUCAUCAUGGUUCAGGCCAAAAGUCGUCUCGAAGUGCCAUCCAGGCUGUGGGUGACAGCGGUUGUGGUCAUCGUGAUUGUCCUUCAAGUCGCCUCGACCACAGGACUCUUCAUAUACUUAAACAUGUCAAUGGCAGAGGCUCGGACACAAGGUGUGGUGGAGGAGCUGAGGUGCUUGGGUCUUCUGAACGCUCUGGAGAAAGAACAGGAUGUGCCUGAUGACCUGGUCCAGCUCUUUGGUGAGCCAUGCAUUAAACUGGCCGAAGGACUCAAAGCUUACAUCUCCAAGGUGACAGAAAACGUCAUCUCGAAACACACCUUUCAAGAAAGAGUCGCUAUCCCUCCACGUACAAAAUUACUCACCACCGGCAGCCCACGGCCGUCAGCUCAUCUUACUCUCAGAGACAGUGGACUGCAGGGUACGACAUCCUUAACCCCUCAGACUGACCUUCACCAGUCCUGUCGCCAUCCCGUUCGUUCCUGGGGGAACCAAAGUUUCGGCUCCCACUUGCACAACAUGACUGUGUCCAACGGACGCCUACGUAUCCCUCGCGCAGGCCGCUACUACCUCUACGGCCAAGUCUACUUCCGUUAUCUCACCCUCUCCAUCGACGAUCACCACUCGGGCUCUGACAGCCACCAGGUGGUGCAGUGCGUCUACAAGAAGACCGCCUACGCCCGCCCUAUUCAGCUCCUGAAGGGUGUGGGCACCAAAUGUUGGUCUCCAGACAGCGAGAACGCCCUUCACUCCAUCUACCAGGGGGGCCUGUUUGAACUUCGGGCAGGCGACGAGAUCUUCAUCUCGGUGUCUUCUCCCACAGCUGUGUAUGCAGAAGACUCCUCCAGCUACUUUGGGGCCUUCCUGUUUGACCUCUGAGGGACGCAGUUGGGGCUUGUGGUCUCAUUCUAAGGGAGAGGAAAUUGUUUCUGUCAAAAGGCCCCACAUGGGAACCAGGAAGAGAGGGAAGCACAGAUACUCCAGCAUCUGAGGGGUUCAAAAGACCAAAUAACUCAGAAAACCAUCAAGUUAUUGUGGUCUGAGGACCGUUUGACAUUCAUAGGCUGAAUUUUAAGAAUCAGUAGAGUGAGAAACUCUGGGAUCCCAUCUGAAUGGGCAGAUCAUGAGCAAAUCUGUGAGGGCUUGUAAAGACAUUUCUGAAUACUACAAUGACCUUCACUAUUUAACCACAUAAAAAGCCAAAAUAGUUCCUUCAAAUUAAGACUUUCACCUUCAACAAAUACACAAAACUUUGUGCAAGCUGCUAUUUGUGCACGCAAACCAUACAAGACUAAUAGUUUCCCACUUUCUUUUGAUGUUAUACUGUUUGUAUUGUUCAUUCUUUCCUUAAAAGACUGUCUGGGGCAGUGUGACUAAUCAUGGACUUAAAAGUCUCCAGUUAAAUAAAGCAAGUUGUUUUGUUGCCACACA